CUCUUGCAGAAAUGUCUGUGGUGUAUCCCCUAGCGUAUAGGCGCGACAGACAACAACAAUGACAGAUCCCAGCUGCUGUUCAAGGCGGCGGUCGGAGUAGUAGUCGAUCGGUCGUCGUUUAUCGAUCGCAGCCUCCACCGAUCUUAUCCUUGAGACCGACGCGUGACCGUGCAAUGUGAAACGUAAAGAACCGGGCAACCUUGUCUCAACUGGCAGGUCACACAAUAGCGAAUACAUGGAGGGAGGCACAAUGGAAAGCUCAGACACGCUGGAUAGAUCGGAGGAUGAAAUUGCGUUGCAAGGAUUUUGCAGCCCGAAACGACCGCCCUAUCGAUUUUUGGGACUGGCGCUUAUGUGUCUUCUUGGAUUCGGGUCUUACUUUUGCUUCGACAAUCCUGGAGCGUUGCAAGACAAUUUUAAAUCUGACUUACAUAUGUCGACCAGCAAAUUCGUUCUGCUGUAUUCCAUUUAUUCCUGGCCGAAUGUCAUUCUCUGCUUCAUCGGUGGAUUCUUAUUGGACAGUGUCUUCGGAAUUCGGUUAGGUACUAUAAUAUACAUGGGACUCACAUUGAUCGGACAGAUUGUUUUUGCAUCUGGCGCCCUUGUCGACUCCUUUUGGCUAAUGAUGGUCGGUCGAUUUGUUUUUGGAAUCGGCGCCGAGUCAUUGGCAGUUGCCCAGAACAGCUACGCGGUUCUGUGGUUCAAAGGUAAAGAACUGAACAUGGUAUUCGGGCUGCAGUUAAGCUUUGCACGAGUAGGGUCGACCGUGAACUUCUUGGUAAUGGAACCGAUAUACAAUUACGUAUCUCAGUACUACAAGGGCCCGGAAUGUAUCGGCGUUGUUCUCUUCCUCUCUGCCGGCACAUGCGUGAUGUCGAUGAUAUGCGCUUGCCUGCUUGGCCUGAUGGACAAGCGGGCCGAGAGGCUGCUCAGGCGAGGAGAAGGGAGCGAAAUGCAAGCUGUCAGUCUGACGGACGUCAAGGACUUCAAGCUGAUCUUCUGGCUAGUCGCAAUCAUCUGCAUCGCUUAUUACGUCGCGAUAUUUCCUUUCGUUGCAUUGGGCAAAGUAUUCUUCGAGAGAAAAUACGAGUACGAUCCGUCUGCCGCGAAUACGGUGAAUUCCCUCGUGUAUUCUAUAUCGGCGAUAGCGUCGCCUCUGCUAGGCUAUUUAGUAGAUAAAACGGGCAAGAAUGUGACAUGGGUGUUUCUCAGUAUUUGCGCCACGAUCGUCGCGCAUGGGUUGCUCGCGUUUACCUAUGUGAAUCCGUACGUCUGCAUGGUUCUCAUGGGACUGGCGUACUCUAUGCUGGCCAGCAGUUUGUGGCCGUUGAUCGCUCUCGUUACGCCGGAGUAUCAACUCGGCACUGCUUAUGGAAUAGCACAGUCUGUCCAGAACUUAGGUCUCGCCAUAGUCUCGAUUUUAGCCGGCAUAAUCGUCGACAAGGGGGGAUACUUGAUGCUCGAGAUGUUCUUCCUCGGUUGGCUCUGGGUUUCGCUGAUAACCGCCGCCGCAAUCUGGGUGUCCGACGUGGCAACAGGCGGUGGUUAUCUCAACAUGACGCCCGGGCAGAGGGAACGAUACGAGGCGGUCCGCUGCACGCCCGAAAGUUUGGAGAGAGAGAAACUGUUGCCGGAAUGCUCGGCGGAUCUCUCGGCGGACGAGCUCAUGCAACCGCAGUCCGACAUCAGUAUACGGAAUCGGUACUUGUCACGCAUCGGCGCGAUGGUACCGCCGCAUGUGAAAACGCCGAUUCACCGACCAUUACGAUAAUACGUUAGAUUUAGCUGCGAAUUUGCGAAGCAAAUAGGUGUUUAAAUGACAAAAUGGUAAAAUCUCCUAAAUCUCGUUGAGGCUCACCGUGUCUCAUUCAUGUGUCUUCCUACCACACAGCUUGAUCUGUGAUAAUUUCGUAACGCAACUCUAUACAGAUUUUCAUUUUAACCGGGUUGAUUAGCUAUGACGAUGACUAGUGAAUAUUUUUCAUUGACGAAAUAUAUGAGCUGCAUAAUACGUAUAUAUAUGUACAAAUAUACAUCAGCUGUUGACAAGUCAGUAGAGUUUAGCAUUCCUUUGAUAAUCAUAGUCGAUAUUGGUUUAUUAUAAAUUGGUGUUGCUUUUUACAACCGCCUUACAUUUGUCCUUUACAAAUGCUGGUCGCGAAUCAUGGGCUAUAUUCAAUUCAAAAAGUCAAAUGUUGCAGAAAGCUAUUCGUUAAUGUGUAAAGUAUAAAUAAUGUGUGACAGAUCUUGAUGUAAUGUUGUAAUAAAUGAAUGUUCGGUCUAA